AGGACCUGCUGGCUGCUCCCCUGCGCCUAGCGCACCUGCCUCGCGGCCAUGGUCCUGUACCCGGUGAUCCGGAAGUUGCUGGAAAAGCGCGUGGUGUUGGCCAGCGCCUCCCCGCGGCGCCAGGAGAUCCUAAGCAACGCGGGGCUCAGGUUCACGGUGGUUCCUUCCAAAUUUAAAGAGAAUCUCAGUAAAGCCUCCUUCCCCACCCCUUAUGCAUAUGCCAUGGAAACAGCCAAGCAGAAGGCCCUGGAGGUGGCCAGGAGGAUGCACCAGACAUACGUCCCUUCUGAAGCUCAGUUCGGAUUCUUGCAGAAAGACCUGCGGGCCCCCGACAUCGUCAUCGGAGCGGACACUAUCGUGGCGCUGGAGGGGCUGAUCCUGGAGAAGCCUGUGGACAAGGCAGACGCCUACAGCAUGCUGUCCAGGCUGAGCGGGAAAGAGCACAGCGUGUUCACGGGCGUGGCCAUCGUCCGCUGCUCCAGCGAAGGCGGCGGGCUGGACCUGGACGUCUCAGAGUUCUACGAGGAGACGCGGGUGCGGUUCUCGCAGCUGUCGGAGGAGCUGCUGUGGGAGUACAUCCACAGCGGCGAGCCCUUGGACAAAGCCGGAGGCUACGGGAUCCAGGCCCUGGGUGGCAUGCUGGUGGAGGCCAUCCACGGGGACUUCCACAACGUCGUGGGCUUUCCCCUGAACCGCUUCUGCAAGAAGCUGGCGGAGCUGUACCACCCGCCGCGCCCCGAGGACCUGCAGCGGGAGAAGCAGGAUUGCAUCCCCGCGGUGGCCACCUUCGACGGCCUCAGCGACUCGGGAGGCGCGGCGCCCGGCCAGGGGGGCUCGGGGGACCGCCGCCGGCCCCAGGCCCAGGGCAGGGAGCGCGCGAGGGACGCAGACCGCAAACCCACGGUGGAGAGCGUGCCGCCCACCGCGGUCGUGGAACUCAUAGACGGCUACAAAGUGUCCAAGGCCCUGUUCACGGCUUGCAAGAUGAAGGUGUUUGAUGUGCUGAGAGACGAAGGCCCCCUGAGUGCGGUGGACGUUGCCAGGAAAAUCGAUGCCUCUGAGGGUGGAACUGGUCAGCUGCUGGACGUCUGUGCAGCCCUGGGCCUGCUGGACAAGACAGAGAGAGGUUACAGCAACACACCCCUGGCCACCCUGUACCUGCUGUCGGACGGCGAGUACUCCUUCCACAGCCUCAUCAUGUCCCACGAGGAAGUCAUAUGGCCCUUCUUCUCCUACCUGGACUUUGCUGUCCAGGAGGGCACCGUCCAGCGCCAGAGGGCUCUGGGCACAGCGGGGGAGGAACACUAUCAGGAGUCCUUCUACCAGAAUCGAGAAAAGAAGCUGCAGUUCAUGCGGGCCAUGCACGGCCUCACCAAGGUGGCUGCUCGCCAGGUGGCCACAGCCUUCGACCUGUCUGGAUUCACCUCUGCCUGCGACCUGGGAGGGUGCACGGGUGUCCUUGCCUACGAACUGGCUCGGCAGUACCCAGGUCUGAAGGUGACCGUAUUUGACCUGCCAGAGGUCAUCGAGGAUGCUGUGUGCUUUCAGCCCUAUGGACCCCAGACAGGGCAGGUCAGCUUCGAGCCAGGGGACUUUUUCCGAGACACCCUCCCGGAGGCCGACCUGUACAUUCUGGGAAAAGUUCUGCACAACUGGCCCGACGACAAGGUGCACCAGCUGCUGAGCCGCAUCUCCCGCAGCUGCAAACCAGGUGGCGGCCUCCUGCUGGCGGAACAGCUGCUGGACGAGGACAAGUGCAGGCCCCUGCCCGCCGUGCUGAAGUCGCUCACCAUGACGGUGCUGUUCCAGGGCAGGGAGCGCAGCCUGAGCGAGUACCGCAGCCUGCUGCAGGCGCACGGCUUCACCGACGUGCGGGCCGUGCGCACUGGGACCAUCCUGGAUGCCGUGCUGGCCACCAGAGCCUGACGGCCACCCGCAUGCCAGUCCCAGGGUC